AAAUUCAGAGUAUAAGGGGGGUGAAUGAAAUUAAGGUCAGGAAAAAUUAAAGAAGAACCAAAAAUGGACGUUACGAAAGAAGUAUCAGCAAUUACGGAAAAUAUGGAAGAUAAUUCAGCAUGUACGUCAUUUCAUGGAAUGGAAGAAACACUACGAACCUCUACUCCAAAGGGGGACGACAUCGGGAAAUUGGUUAGUGUGAUACAGUUAAUGUCACAACAGAUAGAACAGAAAAUUGAACAACAAGCACAAGAAACGGAACAAAAAAUCACAGAAAAAAUAGACCACCAAUCAGAAAAGUUGAAACAGAUCCAGUUAUCAUUCAAAGAAGCAAAUAAACAAUUAAGAAAAGAAGUUGAACAGCAAAUUGGAGAUCAACGUGAAGAAUGCAACUAUAGGGCAAACACAGUCCUCAACAUUUGUGAUGGCAGGUGGAAGCAAUUGGUCGAAACUCAAGAAAAGGUUAAGGAGCUUUCAUCUGGAGUUACAGAAAUUGAAACGAAGAUACAAAAUACAAUCCGAGAAAUCCAACAUGUAGGAAUAAGAAGCAAUACCAGCAGCGGAGAAGUUUUCAAAAUGAGCGACAGCAUCAAACUGAUUCCGGAGUUUGAUGGGCAGUCAAAAGUGAUGCAACCACUCGAAUUUUUGAAAUUUUUGGAAAACGCUUGGAAAAACGUAAACAUUACAGAAGAAAAUAAAUUGAACAUUACAAUGCGGAAGCUGAGUGGAAGUGCGAAGAUGUGGGCUGAUAUUAGCAACACAGAUUGGAACUGCUUUGAAAAUUUUAAGCAAGACUUUAUGGAACAGUACUGGUCACAAAAAAUUCAAGAUGAGGUGCGAAUGAAAAUAAUGGGUCACCGAGAAUACCAGUCAAGAAACGGAAAUUAUGUGGACCACGCAAGAUACUGGAUUAAGCAAGCAAUGCAUUUGAACCCUCCAAUGGAAGAGAGGCAAAUUGUCAACUCGUUAUCCAAACAUUAUCCAAAGGAAGUAGAAAGGGCCUUGGUAUCAGCAGGAGUAAAAAACAAGAAAGAAAUGUUAGAGAAACUUGAUGAGCUAUACAAAGUGGAUCAGCGAAGAUCAAAUCCACGGAACCAAGAAAGGGUGAAUGCUGUAGAGUACCAUACAGAUAGAGGAGGUCACCGAGGUGCCUACAGAGGAAGAGGAGGAGGUGGAUUCCGGCAAGGUGAAGAAAACCGAAAUCCCAGAUUCAAUGAAAGGAGGUAUUCGCCGCAGAGGGCGCAAUACAACAAUGAACGAGAGCAUUUAAACUAAGAGGCUGGGAACCGAAAGCUCCAACCGUU